GUUUUUAUCAAGUCAACAAUUACUGGUAGCAGUUAUAAGAUAACAUUUGUAUCGGAACAAUUUCCCAAAUUUACACAUCCAACCAAUCUGUGGGAAUUAUUCUGAAAUAUUGUAUGUAGCGUCCAUUAAUAGAGCUUUCAAAAGACGACUCGUUUUCGAACGUCACAUCUCUUUGCUAACUGUUUAGUCUUGUUGAGGAAUUACUGAGUUGAAUCGGUCCAUGUCUUUUUCAGCAAUAACAGCUAGGUUAGCAGCCGGCUCACACACACAUCAUAAAUGAAGCAUUUGACGGACAAUACAAGCCUCGAAGUGGGUGCUGUGGCUAGCUCGUGUGUGUGACGGUGUAUAUUCGGCAGACUCUAAGACCCAGCGGAUCUCUCCAUGCAGCAGCGGCAGCGGCAGCGGCAGCGAGGAGGACCAGAAAUCUGCUGCUCGCUGAAAGAGGAGAUCAAAAUGAUGCUGCCUUUAAAAAGGGAUUAAACCUUGAGCGCAUCAGCCGGCUGCCGGUGGAUAAUACAGCUUUGCCAGCGGGGGUGAGGGAGGGAGACAUGCCGUCGCAGAGCAUCCGUCGCGACGCCUGACUUGACCACCAUGAUGAAGACAGAACCCACAUCCAAGAGCGCCGGCUCCACUCUCAGGAGCCCAUCCCCGCACAGGAGCGCCUACGAGGCGGGGAUGCAGGCCCUCAAGCCCGUCGCGGACAACGCCGCCAACGGGGACGUGCAGGACGGUCCCCGGGGCCGCAGGUACGGCUCGAACGUGCACCGCAUCAAGAACAUGUUCCAGCAGCUGCAGACCACCGCGCCGUCGGCGGCUGACGCGGAGGCCGAAGAAGGAGCCAAGGACAGCGACAAAGCAGUGCGCCUGUCCCUCCCCAGGGCUGGGAGCCUGAACGAGAACGUGGACCACAGCGCCCUGCUCAAGCUGGGAUCCACAGUGUCCGAACGCGUCAGCAAAUUCGACACCAAACCAGAGAAUGGGCACCAGCGGGCCUCCUCGCCGAGCUACUCCAAGCUGCAGGAGACCCGCCGCAUCUUUGAGCAGCAGCAGCAGCAGGACAAGCUGGCCACCACCAGAGUCCUGCUCAAGUCUGACAAGGCCUCGGGUCUGCAGGAGGGCAGGCUGGACAUGAUGGCGCGCUUUAACGGCAGCACAGAGUCCCUGGACAGCCUGGACGCCAGCGAGGCGGUGUCCCCCACCGUCAGCCAGCUCAGCGCCGUGUUUGAACGGGCCGCCGAGCUGCGGAACAACCUGAACCGCCUCUCGUCCACGCCUCCGCUGCCCUCCAGGGGUGUCAGCGCCAAGGUGGGCGUGCUGAACUCCAAAAUAAUCACUAAGAGGGCGAGUGCCUUGGCCGCCAACAACCAGGGGGACGAGAAACCCAAGCAAGAGGGACGACCCAGGAGGGCCGAAAGCAUGAACGGGGGUCAAACGGCCUCCAGUGCUGAGGUGGAGCAGCACAGGGCAAAGACUGUGUCUGACGCUGGCGUGGAGGCGAAAGCCGACAAACGGGAGGAGGCCAUCAUCGCAGCGUGCCAGGCCCGCGUCCGGGCAGAGAAUGGAGAAACUGCAUCAACAGGGGGCCAGGUGCUCGGACAGGAGGGGGUGGAGGAUCGCAGGACUCUGGGAGAUGACGACGGAGGAAGCCAGGAGGACGACGAUGAAGGCGACGACGGCGACAGCUACGAGGCCGAGUCCAGCUGCGUGGAGAUUGCCGGGUUGCCCGUGGAGGAGGACCCGCCCCCUUCCAGGAAGAUCCGCUUCAGCUCGGAGCCCAUCAAGGUGUUCGCCACCUACCCCAACGAGGACUACGACAGGCGCAAUGAAGACGUGGACCCCAUGGCGGCGUCGGCCGAGUACGAGCUGGAGAAGAGGGUGGAAAGGCUGGACCUGUUCCCCGUGGAGCUGGAGAAAGAUGAAGACGGCCUGGGCAUCAGCAUCAUCGGGAUGGGCGCGGGAGCCGACAUGGGCCUGGAGAAGCUGGGCAUCUUCGUCAAGACCGUCACCGAGGGUGGGGCGGCGCAUCGGGACGGCAGGAUCCAAGUGAACGACCUCAUCGUGGAGGUGGACGGCACCAGUUUGGUGGGGGUCACCCAGAGUUUCGCCGCCUCCGUCCUGAGGAACACGUCCGGAACGGUCAAGUUCUUCAUCGGGCGUGAGAAGCCGGGCGAGCAGAGCGAGGUGGCCCAGCUCAUCCAGCAGACGCUGGAGCAGGAACGCUGGCAGCGGGAGAUGCUGGAGCAGCGCUACAACCAGUACAUGGAGGAGCAGGAGCAGGGCGGCGAGUACGGUACAGACGAGGAGGAGGAUGAGGACGAAGACGUCAGCCCGCAGUACACCGGCGCCAUCGAGGUGUUCGACCUGGCGGAGAACGAGGACCUGUCGCCCCUGGAGACGGACCCCGAGAAACUGGCGCAUAAGUACAAAGAGCUCCAAAUCAAACACGCCGUGACGCAGGCCGAGAUCCAGCAGCUGAAGAGGAAGCUGCACCACGCUGAGCAGGACAAGCAGCGCUGGCGCGCGGACAAGGCCCAGCUGGAGCAGACCCUGCAGGAGAACAAGGAGCGCAUGGAGAAGCUGGAGGGCUACUGGAUGGAGGCUCAGAGUCUAUGCCAGGCCGUGGACGAGCACCUGAAGGAGACCCAGGCUCAGUACCAGGCGCUGGAGCGCAAGUACAGCAAAGCCAAGCGGCUCAUCAAGGACUACCAGCAGAAGGAGAUCGAGUACCUGAAGAAGGAGACGCAACGAUGUGCACAAGUUGGAGCCGAGGCGUCGCUCCUCAAGGAGGAGUCGGGUCAACUGCAGGAACAGGUGGCUGACCUGGAGUGCCAGGUAGAAGAGCUGAAAUCGGAACCUUUAUAAGAGCCUUCAGUCCGUCACACAUCUGUGAGGAGGCGGCGGAGGAGCUCACAGGAGGAAGAGAGGAGAGCACAAGGAGCAGCAGGGUAUCUCGCAGCAUCCUCUACGUGUACCGCCGCCGUGUUUUAACCCGUCACUUUUCAGUUUUUCUUACCGAAAGGUGAGGGAACGCUGAACUUUUACAACCUGCAGAGUAUUCCAACCCCCAAUUUGUGAUUAUUUUUUUGUGACACAUUGGGCUUUUGCGUUUUAAAUUGCCAAAAAAAAACCAAACAAAAAAACAUCCCUACUUGGAUCUCUUUCUAGUUUUGUGACCUUUUUUCAGCUUGUACAGAUGUGAUUAAGUGUGGUUUCACAACCAAUCUGGUUUGUAAAAGAGUUUUAAUAUAACAUUUAACGGAGCCUAACGUCUCAUUGGAUUAAAUGGAGGGGUUGUUGUAUAUUUCAUGUGAGAUGUAAACACUGAGGUGCUUGGCUGGGAGCGAUGACCUUCGCGUAACCACGGCAACCACCUGCUGCCUACCUUUCAGAAGUGUUUUUGUGUAUUAUUCUUAUUUUUUACACAUAGACUCCUUAUUAAAAAGUCAUUCUGAGACUCUUAGGGACUACUGACUAUAGAGGGACAGGACUGGACCGGGCCAGUACCAGCAGGGGACGUUUUACAAGUCUGGAACCAGCAGCUGCUGCACGGUGCAACAGGGGGGAAGAAAAACACAAAACACACUGCCUGAAUCGAACGCACAGCCGAGAUCAGCUUCUUCUAUUUCAACUUCAUACGUGAGCUAAGGACAAGAACGUUAUACUGUCAGAUUAAAAAAAAAAAAAAAGUAAUAUAUCUGGGUGACUAAAAGAUGAGUUAAUUGAAAAAAAAAAACAGGCAUGGUUGUGAUAAUAAUAAUGAUGAUAACAAUAAGGCUUGUACAGUGCACAUGCUUUGCAUUGUAUGUUUUGUGGAUUAAAUGGUCAACAGUGAUGGCGAUCUGCUUCUUUUUAUUGACAUGUUGUAUUUAUGACGCAAUCACGUGGACUUAAAGGUGCUGUCUGCACGCACAUUCGUUAUGUUUGGUGUCAGCUAGUGAUAGCGAUUUGGCAGCUAUGACGACUUCAAAUUGUCAGACUGCCUUUGUGUACGUGCACAGAGCCAAGGAGUGCCAGCACCGUUAAAGUCUCAACUGAAAUGUAAAAAAGAAAAAGAAAAAGAAAAAACCCUCUUCUUAAGUUAAAUUAUUGAGUGCCUCCGAGUGCAUCUUCUGGUGGUGCCUCCUGAGGUGGUAGUUCCUGGAGAAGCUCUUCCCGCACUGGCUGCAGGAGAACAUGCGCUGUCCCUUGUGCAGCAUCUUGUGAACUUUGAGGCUCUGCGGGCGGCUGAAGCUCUUGCAGCACUCGUCACAGGUGUGCAGCUUCACGCCCGUGUGCUUCCUCUCAUGCCGCUUCAGGUCGCCCGACUGGCGGAAGCGCUCGCCGCAGUUGGUGCACAGGUACGGCCGCUCGCCCGUGUGCGUACGCAGGUGCACGGUGAGCUGGCCCGAGGUGGCGAAGCUCUUGUCGCAGUGCGGGCAGGCGUAAGGCCGCUCGCCCGUGUGCGUGCGCUGGUGCUGCUUGAGCCGGUAGUGGUUGGCGAAGCCCUUCCCACAGUCGUUGCACAAGUAGAGCACCUUGACCUGCUGGAAGCACGCAUGGUUUUUGAAGGCCCCGGCGCUGACGUAGCACUUUGCGCAGUGCGGGCACGUCAGCUCCUUCACGUCCUGGCUGUCCUCCAGCUGCUCCGUCAGGUUGUCGGACUUGGGGAGGGCCAGGUACUCCAUGGGGUGGUGCCUCCUGAUGUGCUUGGCCAGGUAGCUCUUGGCGGUGAAGGAGAAGGGGCAGUGGGAGCAGGAGAAGAGCUUGGAGGAGCAGUGGUACUUCCUGCAAACGUGAGUCCGCUGGUGCUUCUCCAGGGUGGCGGCCGCAGUGAAGACCUUGUCGCAGAGCUCGCAUCGGUGGGCCACGGUGCUCCUGUGGACGGCCUGCUCGUGUCUCCUCAGGAAGCCCAACUUGCGGAAGGUCAGCCCACAGUGGGGGCAGCCGUGGGGCCUCUCGGCGCAAGUGUGUGCCCGCAGGUCGUCCGGAUCGGCGUAGGUUUGUUUGCAGCAAUUACAACUGAACCACUUUGUCAGCUUCUCUGCCUCAACGUCUUCCUGCAUGGUCUUCUUGCGCGCUUUUCUCUUUGGAGCGAUAAGCUGAGUUAUGGCAGAUAUUUUGGAGGCGGAGCCAUGCCGGCGGGGCCUCUGACACUUUUCGACGCCCUCGAUCGCCACCGAGGACUGAGGGACAAAAUCGGGAUCGUUCUCGAUGUCUCGUCUCUCCUCCAAGUGACUGCCGCCAAUGUGCUUCUGCAGGAGGUCCACGCUGGAGAAGGUCAGCGAGCACAUGGCGCAGCUGAAGGG